GAGAGAGAGAGAGCAGUACGCGCUCCUCAAUGUGCGUGUGUCUGUCUCUCAGACCUUCACCAACACAAGACUCUCCUGCUGUCAUUUAAAACCAGCCUCCUUUAGGUUUGCCUGAUCAAACCCAAACCAUGGGAAUCGCCCUUUGUGUUUAACCAGGCCUAAAGAGAGAAAUAUAAUCCGAAAAAAGUGGAUAAGAUGCUAAAUGACCAUUGAGACUCAUGAAGAAUAAGGAAUUAAGAAGAGGAGAUGAAUGGAGCAGCCUCCCACACAGCAAGACAGAGUGUGAGUGAAGGUCGAUCUUAUUGUUCUUCCCCCUGUGGCAAACAUUGUGACUAAUAACGAAGUGAGGCACGAUGAGUGGCCAUAUCUGGGCUGCACUGCUCUUUCUGUUCAUGUGCCCAGAGCUCGGGGGAAGCAGUGCUCCACUAAAAAGAUGGAAGAGUGAGGAAACCGCAAGGAAAGAAAGUUUGGUGGAGCAUCUAGACGUGGAGGAAAAGCAAAGUGAGAUGCCAUUUGCCAACACAGCAGGAACACCAACUUUAGCAAAGAAAAAUGAAGAUAAUUUGAGGAUUUUACCAAAAAGCAACAAAGAAAAAACUGAGUCUUUAUCAGGACUGCAUCAAGCACAGAUUGAAGAAACUGCAAAAUCGGAAUUUGAAAUCAGAGUGACUCCAGUUUCGUUGUCUGGCACAAGUGUGAACACAGAUUCUACUCUACGUAAUGAAAGUAAUUAUUAUCCCAAAUCUAAAGAUAUCCCUGAAAUCACAAAGACUAAGGUAUCAACUCUAACCCAGGACUCCAAAAUAUCUAGAUCUCAUGAUCAUUUCGUUCCUGCUGAACUAACUCCUGCAGUAGAUGAAAAUAAACCUGACAGAUCCACUCUGAAUGGCUCAUCUGAUGCCAGCGUGAUACUUCUGAAGCCAGCGUCUGGGUUAAAUAGCAAUCAGGAAGUGCAAACUGUAAUGAUGGGCAACCAGGAGUCAGACAGCAGUGGUGAUUUCCAUGGGACCUUUACUGGACCAAAUUUGGAGGAGAUGCCUUCACAAUCCCGCAGCCGAAGAAGCUGGAUCUGGAACCAGUUUUUUGUGAUAGAGGAAUAUAGUGGACCAGAACCAGUUCUGAUUGGACGGCUUCACUCAAGUGUGGACAGAGGUGAUGGACGAACCAAAUACAUAUUAAAAGGUGAGGGGGCCGGUUCGGUGUUCGUCAUUGACAGCAGAACGGGGAACAUCCACGUCACCAAACCCCUAGACCGUGAGGAAAAGGACCAGUACCGCCUUAUCGCCACGGCAACAGACCGGCAGACCGGCCGAGCCCUGGAGCCCUCAUCCCAGUUCAUCAUCCGUGUGCAAGACAUCAAUGACAACCCGCCUCUGUUCCUGGGCGGCCCGUACAGCGCCACCGUGCCUGAGAUGGCCAACAUUGGCACAUCGGUUAUUCAAGUGACAGCCACAGAUGCUGAUGACCCAACGUAUGGGAAUAGUGCCAAACUUGUGUAUUCAGUGAUUCAAGGCCAGCAGUACUUCACCGUGGACCCGCAGUCAGGUAUCGUGCGCACAGCAGUGCCUGACAUGGACAGGGAAGCUCAAGCGCAGUACCAGGUGGUGCUCCAGGCCAGAGACAUGGGUGGCCAUCAAGGGGGUCUGACAGGGACCACCACUCUCACUGUGCACCUCAGUGACGUCAAUGACAACCCGCCCCGCUUCACUCAAAGUAUGUGGUCGUUUUCUGUCUCUGAGCUGGCCGUCCCCGGGGUGGAGAUCGGUCGUCUGUCGGCAACAGAUGCAGACCUGGGUGAAAACGCUCGGAUGGAUUUUAUGAUUGUGGACGGAGAGGCAGGGGACACCUUCAACAUAACUGGAUUGAACCAGGAGGCUGUGAUUUUGUUAAACAAGGCCGUGGACUAUGAGAGGCGAAGCACUUACUCUCUCGCGGUGGAGGUACAAAACCCAAAUGUGGACUCGCGGUUCCUCAGACGAGGUCCGUUCAAGGACCGGGCAAUGGUGCGCAUCACGGUUCUGAAUGCAGACGAGCCGCCCAAGUUCUCCCGCUCGCGGUACCGGCUGGAUGUGUCGGAAAACUGUCCUCCGGCAUGUGUGGUGGGAAGAGUGGCCGCCGUGGACCCGGAUACAGGCCUCAGUAACAACAUUAAGUACUCAAUUGAUCCCGAGUCGGACCCCGAGGCACUGUUCCGUAUCGCCUCUGACAGUGGCCUCAUCACCACCAGCGUGGAAUUGGAUCGGGAACAGGAGCAAUGGCAUAACAUUACCAUCAUCGCCACACAGAGAGACAGCCCCAACCAAGUCACCAGGGUAGCGGUUGCCAUAGAGACGCUGGACCUCAAUGACAACGCCCCCGAGUUGGACCGACAAUACAACCCGGCCGUGUGCGACUCCAGCGCAGCUGGACAGGUGGUGCAGGUGAUUCGAGCAACGGAUAAAGACCAAAGCAGCUCCAACUCUCCCAUCCACUUCAGCAUUCCCACAGAGUCCAGCAGCGCGCUCAACUUCUCCAUCAGAGAGCGGGGAGACCACACGGCGAGUCUGGUGCUCCUGUCGUCCCUGAAGGCUGUUCCUCGCUCCUCUUCUUUACCUACUCUAAAAAUACCCAUAAUGCUCCGUGACGGUGCGUCAGACCUCAGCAGCACAGGAACGAUUACCGUAACGGUGUGUCCGUGCCAAAAUGGAGGCAUGUGGGCGGAAGAACGAAAACAACAAACGGAUGAGAAUGAUAAGGCGUCUGUGCCGGACUGGGAGAGACAGACUGCAUGUUUGCCUUUACCGUCAAACUCCCCGCUGCUGGGCGUCAGCUCGGCCGCCAUGCUGGCCAUCCUGGCCUGUGCGUCCACUCUGCUGGUGGUGGCGGCGCUCUCGCUAUCAUUGCGAAGGCAGAAACGGGACACUCAGUCUCCUGUGGAGGAUGAUGAGAUCAGGGAGAACAUCAUCACGUAUGAUGAUGAAGGAGGCGGUGAGGCAGACACGGCCGCUUUCGAUAUCGCUACCCUGAAGAGCGCCCCUCCGAGCAUGCGCAGGGCACAGCGGCUUCAGGACAGCAAGAAUAUGUAUUCUCAGGAUAACUUGGACAGCAUCAGAACCUUCAGUUGGAGUCAGAGUUUGGGUUUGGACCCACGCCGUCCUGUCUCUGCACCCCUCUAUGGACGGUACUGCUACAGCAUCCAGACCCUUCCAGCUUCAAGAAACAGACUCGGCCCAUUCAACUCCAGGCUUGAUCUCGCCAAACUGGCGUAUGUUCUUCCUGGCAGCCAAGGCCAGGCCGGUGGCCCUUUAGAAUCCGGUUCUGUAUUUAUUGACAAGAGCAGAGAUGGAUCAGAACAUAAAAGAGCAGAUGGAUCCACCGACAGCAUUCCAAAAGAGAGCGAGACAGGAAGUGAGGUCAUCUCUGAAAGCCACACACUAAGCCAGGAUCAGUCUGUGAAUUCGGACCAGGUUCUGUUCGUGAAGGGCUCCAGCCAGAGCGGUUCCUGUUCAGAGUCCUCCAGCACUUCUGUGAGCCAUAAACCCGAGGCGUCUCCUCACUGCUUGACCACACGAGCCUCUAUUUCCACCAUCACCACAGACGACUCAAACCCUGGCUCGGCUUUGGACAAGAACGGGGACGCUCCACUCAUCAGCACCAGCCAGAGCUCAACCAGCCUGGGCACUACGGAGAUGCCGUUCAGAACGAUGGAAGGUACUUUACUGAGAGGCGGCCGAGGGAUACCUUUGACCGGGACGACACUUCUUUACCCUGAGACUGCUGGACUAAUGGGCUUGUAUGGGGUGGGCGGACAGAACUAUGUACCACACCUAGUGAUGCCCCUCCCUGGAGGGGCGGGACUUCAUGAAAGAGGUUGGGGCUUGGGGAAUGGAAAGGUUGGCCAAGCAAACUCUGAAAAGGCAGGCGCCGAUUCACUGACAAACCGUAUGGGUGAUUUCCUGCAGCACCGUCUAGCCCUGGUGACCUUUGACCCCAUGCAGCCACCAUACGACUCGCUGCAGACGUACGGAUUGGAGGGUGGCGGCUCACAGGCCACGUCUCUCAGCUCGCUCGAAAGUGAGGCCGAAAAAGAUACAGAGGGACAGAAACACAGAUUUGAGGAGUGGGGACCCAAGUUUGACAGGUUGCUUGAUAUUUUCAGGGAGCGAGCGAAAGAAAAAGAGGAUAAUGAAAAACACCAGGGUGAGUGUUUAAAAGAAGAACAUCUGGUAGAGGAAAUGAACAAGACCGAAGACGAGAGUGAGACAGAAAUGAGAAAAGAGGAUUUGAACAAGACACUGCAGGCCAAGAAGGAAAACACAGAAGAACUGGAAGCAAUGCACUAAAAAGGAAAUGGGAGCAAUGAGGGAGGAUGUGAUGUCACAUCGUGAGCUUUCAAAAGCAAUAAGUGCUGAAAGGAGCCAAUGAGCACAAUCUGGAAAAAGAGAAUUUUAUAUGGACCUGCCAAAAACCAGUAUGUCAGUGUUUGAGAGGAGCAGAGAGUCUUAUGUAAGUCACUCGUGUUCAGUUGACAUCCAGCCACACACAGUGCUUACGCUGUAAAAUACAAACAUCAUCUUUAUCUAAAUCUUUGAAUUCUUAGAUUUUCAAUGUUGUCUCAGACUUUUAUACCCAGGAUUAACAUGGUGAUCAGAGCAAGAGUUUUUAUUGUCUCAGAAAUGUGAAAAAGAUGACAGACAUGGCUUUUUUACAAUCUGCUUGAUGGAUUUAAUCAACAGUACUAUCUGAUUAUUUAUCAAAUAUCAGAUUCACCACUGAAAUUUUAGUAUAAUUUAUAUAAUGUUAAUUUAAUUUAAAUAAAUAAAUAUACAUUUUAUUUUAUAUUUUAUUUUUAUGCUUUAAGCUUUAAUGUGAUUUUAGUUACAUUUUUAUUCAUUUAGUUUUAAAAAAUUUCAGAUUUUAUUUGUGAUUACAUAUAUCACAAAUAAAAUACAAAAUAAAAGUUUGUUUACAUAAUGUGUACUGUAUAUAUUUAUAUGUAUAUAUAAACACACACACACAUAUGUAUAUAUUUAAGAAAUAUAUGUAAUAUUUACAUUUAUAAAUCACACACACACACACACACACACACACACACACACACACACACACACACACACACACACACAUAUAUAUAUAUAUAUAUAUAUAUAUAUAUAUAUACACACACAUGCAUUUAUAUACGUAUAAAUAAUUACAUUUAUUUCUAUUUCAGAUUUAGUUUUUGUAAUAGUACCUAAACCUAAACAUAUUCACUUCAGUUAUUUUAUUUUUUUCUUUUCAUUAUCCAUCAGUGUUUUUACAAUGCAGUAAAUGACAGAAAAUGUCUCCGUUUACACAACCUGUAAUAUAUAAGUGGUGAUUUGACUUGAUGACUUUGGGCCCAUCCUGUUUCGCACACACAUAUUAGCAGCACAUGUCUUAGUCGUCUCUUUCAUCGUUCUCCCGUUACACUUAAGUUAAUAAUUCACAUUGCCAUGACGAGCCAAAGUUAUGAAACAUCUCAUUUCUGAAAUAUUGAUUUCAGCCCUUAGGAGCACCAUUGUUUGAAAAAUAGGUCUCAUGAAAUAUGUACAAUCGCUGACAAAUUCAUAUUGACGUUUUUGUAUUAAUAAGGCAACGCUCUCUUGCACGGAUUUUGACAGCGAGGAAGCUAAACUGUUUAAAACGGUUCGAUAAAAGGCUGUUUUUUACUAGGUCACUGCAACCACACACACAUCGAUGAAUAAAGAUGAUUUGCGCAUGGCUUACUUCUGUCUGUUUUUAGACCGGUUUUCCUCUCUUCACUAGUCAGGAUGCUUAGCCUGGUUUGGACCUCCUGAACCACUUCACGUCUUCAACCCUUUUUGUUCUUAUGGAAGAACUAUGCAACUGAAACUUUGAGACAGUGAACUUCUGAACUGAAUGUUAUCCUGUUUCAUAAAGGUUUUUUUUUUUUUUUUGUCCUCUAUAUGGUGUUUGCAUUCUCAUGUACAGAUGUAAAUAUCAUUGGAGAACUGACAAGCCUUUUGGACCAGAGAAUUGACUGUACGUAAAUCUGAAUCUGUUUAUGUAUAUGUUGAGUUCAGUCCUACUGUAAAACCACAGCUGGAAGAUCCUGAGAAUUGCCAAUGUGUUGUACGUUCUCUUGUCAAACAGGCCGUCAUCUGAUGUUCAAUAAAUGGUGUACAGUGAA